UUCCGCUUCCGGGUGCGAGGGGGCAGCAAGGGGGGUGGUUGGGUUACCCUCUUUUCUUUCUGUACAACCGGCCCGUCGCCGUGGCUGCUGCUCCCACCAUGUCGCUGGUCGCCGAGGUCGGCUUCUCGGAGGCUUUGUCACGUCACUGAAGACGGCAGAGGAACGGGCUAAGAUUCCACUCACCGGCGCAUUUUGAAAAGAGCUGCAUCCAUGGAAGACGUGCAAGACUUAGCAGAACAGCCUAUGAAAAAGGCCAAGAUGCAGGAGUCGGGUGAACAGAUGUUAAGGCAAGUGAACAGCACAGAGGACAGCGAUCAGAAACCCGAGACCUCAAGCCUUGGCGCAAACCUGUCUAUGUCCAACGAAAUUAUGCCUUGCCCUGAUUACAUCUCAAGGUCACCGAAUGAAUAUACCUCACAGAUGUAUUCUGCAAAGCCAUAUGCACAUAUCCUUUCCGUACCUGUAUCAGAAACGAUGGCCUCUUACUCUGGCCAGACUCAAUACCAAGCGCUGCAGCAGUCGUCGCAGACGUAUGCUGUGUAUCCUCAGACAACCCAAGCCUACGGACUACCUCCUUUCGGUGCACUGUGGCCAGGUAUGAAACCUGAGAGUGGUUUAAUUCAGACUCCAUCUCCAAGUCAGCACAGUGUUCUUACCUGCACUACAGGCUUAACCACAAGCCAGUCCAGCCCAGCUCAUUAUUCUUACCCCGUUCAAGCUUCAAGUACCAAUGCCAACUCCGUUUCCACGUCCUCAGCAGCUGUCAAUAUUUCAUCAUCUGCAGUAGCCAGCAUCUCUCAACAGGAGUAUCCUACAUACACCAUCCUCGGCCAAAGUCAAUACCAGCCAUAUUUCUCAAGUUCUAGCUUUGGAGUGAUAGCACCAGCAGACAGCAGCACGGAGAGUUCCACCUUAGCAACAACCACGUAUCCUUCUGAAAAACCAAAUGCCAUGGUGCCUACUCAGACAGCACAGAGACACUCCGCCGGAGACCUGACAACAAGUCCAUCAUUGCUGCGAGCAACCGCUAGUAAAGAUCUAGAUGAGCAGUCUAGGAAAAACGUGACAGGGAAAAACAGAGGCAAGAGGAAAGCAGACUCUUCUUUGCCACAGGACAACGAACUGGAAAGAGUGUUCCUUUGGGACUUGGAUGAAACCAUCAUAAUAUUUCAUUCUCUCCUUACUGGAUCGUAUGCCCAGAAAUAUGGGAAGGAUCCAACUCUAGUGAUCGGCUCUGGUUUGACUAUGGAGGAAAUGAUUUUUGAAGUGGCUGAUACACAUCUAUUUUUCAACGAUUUAGAGGAAUGCGACCAAGUCCACGUGGAAGACGUUGCAUCCGAUGACAAUGGGCAGGAUUUAAGUAACUAUAAUUUUGCCACGGAUGGCUUCAGUGGUGCAGGAAGCAACGGCAACCAUGGUUCGGUGGGCGUCCAGGGCGGAGUAGAUUGGAUGAGGAAACUGGCUUUCCGCUAUCGGAAAGUGCGUGAGGUCUACGACAAAUACAAAAACAACGUGGGAGCCCUCCUCAGCCCAGAGAAGAAGGAAGCAUUGCAGAGACUACGGGAAGACAUAGAAGUGUUAACAGAUAACUGGCUGGGAACAGCACUGAAGUCCCUACUUCUCAUUCAGUCCAGGAAGAACUGUGUGAAUGUUCUAAUAACCACCACCCAGCUAGUACCAGCUCUGGCCAAGGUCCUGUUGUACGGAUUAGGCGAAGUGUUUCCGAUUGAAAAUAUUUAUAGUGCAACAAAAAUAGGUAAAGAGAGCUGUUUCGAAAGGAUCGUCUCUCGAUUUGGGAAGAAGGUGACGUACGUGGUGAUCGGAGACGGGCGUGAUGAAGAGAUGGCAGCCAAGCAGCACAACAUGCCUUUCUGGAGGAUCACGAACCACGCCGACCUGGUGUCCCUUCACCAGGCCCUCGAACUGGACUUUCUGUGAAGAGCCCAGCAACAGCAACUUUGGCGUGCAGCUCCCCCAAACAGCCCCGCUCGGCUUACCAAGAGCCUGCUUGGGGACUUGACUCUCUUUUUUGUUUCAUCAAGAAGAAAUCUAGCUAGUGGAAGUGUACAGUAGGAGGCGCCACCCCGUUGCUUUCCCCCAGUCAGCCGCCAGCAGUGUGGCGAGAGUUCUACCCGGUAAGCCUCGGUCACCUUGGUGCAUAGUUUCAGGAGCUUUAAUCAUCCUCUGUUUUGGGUGAAGGGAAUUUGAGACUGAACAGGGAGCAUCCUGGGCGGGGAAUCUCCAGCAGCAAAGACCUAACUCACUGUGCGGCCUUUUUGUGGUAUUAUGAUAAAAGAAAUGAAAACUUUUGUAGAGUAACUUCCAUCACCUCCCGGCUCCUCUCUAGCUUUCCGAAACAAAAAGGAAGUUGAACAGAUGUUUAUUUUUGUAUAGGAAAAAAAAGGUUCCGAAACUUUCCUUUCUUGCCAAAGCUUAGAACAGCAGCAGUACAUAGAUGUUCACCAGAAGGUCACACAACUACUUCUGUGUGCUGGGAGAAGAGGCGGGAGGUGGGCGGAAAGAGCUGCUCCUCCAUGCCAGUCUGCCUGGGGCGGAUGACAAUAUGGCUGGUUCCCCUCAGUGAUCAACACCAUGACGGUGUGGCUGUGAGGCCACAUCCAGAUCCUUCUGAGCGUCUUUCUCCAGCGAACACCUAUUUGACUACCAAUCUCAGAGUGCUCUGGUGGGACAGAAUGCGGUUGAUGGGAACUUCCUGAGCAACGGAAGAGGAAAUGCCUGGUACAUAAUCACAUUUUGGAUGUCCUGAUUUCAUCCCUCUUUCCAUCACCCUUGCUGUAUGCAUAGAGCAGAAGGAAAGCCCCCUUUUAUUGUUAUUUUCUUUGGCAUUACUGCAGCUGUAUGAGGCACAGGAAUCCAGUUGGGAAAGUACCCGCUUUCCCUUCACACAGCCACCUGCCUUCUGACCCUAGCAAGAGUCCAGUUCAGUUGUCCUCUGCAGUGUCCUCAUUAACGUCCAGUCAUGUUUUUUGGGGGGGGAGGGGGGGCUGGACAGAAUGGGAGCCAGAGGCUUGUCGUCUCAGAGGACACAUCUCAGAUCCGGGAUAAGAAAUUGUAAGAUCAAAAGCUGGUUCCUUGGUAAAGAAGUAGGGAUGCACACUUUCACCGGCCGAACUGAAAAUCCCAAAUGUGCCAACGGGGGGAGGUCUUCUGAUUUGCACGGGGGAGCCUGUAUGUGCAUCAACUGCAGGUUCUAACAGGGGCAGAUGAAUUCAGCGCCUGAGAAAGAUGCCCCUGUCACUGAUCUGCUUCCAUGCUCUCCUGCCUGCUGAUGGUCGCUGGCCUGCAAACUCAGUAAAGCAAGACACAGCAGGGAGUCAGAACAAGAACCCCUUUGCUUUGGGACAGAGACUGUGCUGUUUCCGACUAGGCAAGGCAGCCAGCGUGCUGGUCCUGUUCCUUUCAGAAGCACAGUGGGGUGGAUCCUGCCCCUCCCCCCCAUCCUGUCACUCCAUUGAGCAACGUUUGAAGCCUUCCUCCAACUUGAGAGGCUUUUCCACUGGAGAAAGAGCCAUUUAACUUGGAGGAAGUUUUGUCAGACUGAAAGAAGGCUCCAUGGAGGAUAUUUGGGUCCACCCAAGUAUAACCUAGAGACAGUUGAUCCUGGGCAGGGAUGUAAGCAACCUGAAAAAAGUCUCUCUGCCUUCUUGCAACAGGAUUGCCUUGUUCUCAUCCAGUUUUAGGCAGCCAGCAUCUCUUCAAAGUCAGCUGAAGGUAACAUAGCAGGUCCUGAACUGAAUAAAAGUGCAUCUUCCCCCCCCCACCCCCACCCCCAAAGCAAAGGAAGCCCUGGAUCUCUGCUGUAGCGUACAAGCAGACUCUGUUCUGGAAUUCUCUACUUUUGUGCAUUUUUGCUGUGAAGGCAGGCAGGAUUUGUAGCCUGACUGGUUGCUCUUGAGAUUCAUAGCAGGGCCAUGAGUCGGUGUGGGCUUUGGGAAUCAACUCUGUGCCUUAACCUUCCGCCCAAACUCCUACAAGAGUGAGCAGCUGCGUAAAGGGAGUUGCAGGCAGCCUUCGAAUUUCCGAGUUACUUAUUCCACCUUUAAACAGAGUGCUAUUGGUAGGCCUCACGGACGGAGGUGCCAAGCAGCCAGGGAAAGCAGAAGGCAACACUCUGCAUUUUGGUUUGACUCAGGAGAACCUUUCAGAAGCCCAUCCGUACUGCAGCAAACCUCUUUUGGCUGUGCGCGGAGCUUAUUUUUGCACCAGAUACCAAUAUUUAUACAGUGUCUCCUCCCCCCCCCCCUUGAUGUCAAUUAACUGAUUUUUCUUGGGCGACAGUUACACUUUUCCACGUUAAUAAAAGCUGUCCUGGUUCUCAUGUCACUAAACUCUCUGGCUGCGUUUCUCUUGGGACUUCAUAAAGAAUUUGGAACUUAUUUUUCGUUGCCUUCUCGUUCUCAGUUCUUUUCUGCUGAUUUCUCUGUAUAGCGUUCAAGCUUGAACUGGUCCCACUGUGACGCAGAAGCGGACAGUUUCCUUUGACAAGCAGCUGUCCAGCUUGGGUUUGUUUUCAUUACAAUGUGAAUACUAACUCUCUCCCACUGCCCCCCUCCCACCAAGUAAGAGUCAGUGGGUGCCACAGAGAUCCAUGUGUGUACUGUGGUGUCUACUGAAAACACCGAUUCUCCCUCAGGGUCCCACAGACACCUAGUUUCAGGCAGAUCUGGCGUCUGCUGCGCUUGCAAUUUUGACAGGAGGGCAUUAAUGGCU